AUGCCCUCGCAAGAAGGAUUUCAGACCUCGGGCCGCACGCCUCUGCGCGUCUACGGACCCCAACCAACAUACCAGACCUACAUCUCACCCUAUGGACCCAAAACAAAACACAUCCCCAACCUGAUGGGCAUGUCAGUGGGCAAAGCUGUACGAUAUGGCUCCAUUGCAUCGGGCUUCGGUGUCGCCGCAGGCGUGUUUGCCUUGUUCUUCUUCAGCGACAUUCCCAAGGUGCGGACCGAUAUUCUACAAAAGAUCCCGGUCAUUGGAGACUACUGGAUUAGGGAGAUCCCACCGGAGGAUAAUCCUUUUUAA